UCUCUAUCCAUUCAAAGCUCUUUGUUUAACAUAACGUGUCACUCUCUAUGGAAUGGAGGUGGCAAAAUCCCCACUUUUUUAGCGACCCCACUCUGAAAAAGAUGUUUCCUCAGAGGCUCCGUCUUCCAGCUUCCGCAUUCCAGUUUUUCGAUUCUCCAUCACUCACAAUGGCGAACAUAUAACCACUUUUGGAAGUAUAGAUGGCAGAGUUACUUCAAUUGGUCAACACUGUUAUGAUCUUGCUGAUCAAGCCUUUGUCACUUGUCAAAUUCACUUGCUUCUUCGGUGUGAGAACAAUAUGCAUUGUUAUCCAAACAUGGACAGAACUGCUGAGAGCUGCUAUGGGUUUUCAUGCCAGAUUACUCUGGAGACUGAUAAUUUGGGCUAUUGCUAUUCUAUCCCUGCCUAUACGAAGUUUAACUGCUCUACAAAGGGAAAGGGCGCUGGAGAUGCAUCUGCAGGAAAUGCAGAUCGAGUUUGAGAAUCUUGUUUGGGAAAGGAAGCAACUUGAGAAGAAGAUACUAGUAGCCAUCAAGGAUAAGAAGAUAAUGCAGGCCAUGUUAGCAGAACUCGAGGAUGAACAUGACGAUGCCAUCGUCAAAAUUGAGCAAUUGGAGGACCAGCUUCAGAAUCUGAAGGUGGAAAAUCAACGAUUGAACGAAGUUCAUGGUAAAGCACUUUCAGACCUAAAAGACCAUUUUGAUGGCCGAGUAAUGCAAGGCUGUAGCGAUGCUGUUCCAUUUUGGAGAUCAAGUGGCAUUGAGAGCGUGGCCAUACACAAGGAAGGAAUGCAAGAAGAUAAAAGCAAAAGCGGAAGUACGAGCCCUGAAUUUAUGGAAGCCAAAUUCUGUCGAGAUGUCAACCGGCCACAUACUCGGACCACGUCUGAAUUUGACACAAAUGAUGAGCUACACCAACGAAGGGAUCUAGCUGUUUCCCAGACCCUGUUUAGUGCAAUAUUAUCGCUCUUAGUUGGAACGAUCGUAUGGAAAGCUGAAGAUGCAUGCAUGCCUCUAGUCCUCGCACUAUUUGCUGUCGUUGGCAUGUCGUUGUGGAGCGUGGUCCAGUUCUUCUCAACCAUUAAGAACAGACCCGCGUCUGAUGCAGUUGCUCUCUUGAGCUUCAAUUGGUUUUUACUCGGAACGCUGACAUAUCCUACGUUGCCAAGGAUCACUCCUGUAUUUGCACCAGUGUUAUGGACUCUCUCAGACAGGGCUGUGGAGCUGCUAGGUUUCUAAAUCUUGAGAUUUUUGCUUUUCGCAGUCGACACAUACUACACACUGUUUUUGGUCCUCUUGAUGCUUGUAAAGUAAAGGUUUAUCAAAAUGUUUGUUCUUUUUGGGGUCUUGUCUUGUAAAUUUCUUCUGAAAGAAUUUGGUUUUGCUUAAACAGUUGUGUUAUUGAUGUCAUGGAUGAUAAGUAAAUGUAUAAUAUCCGUCUUUUAUUAGUUCUC